GCUAAUUCGGUUUAAAGGCCACCGAAGUUCAAUGGGACGAACUUCAAGAUGUGGCAACAAAAGAUGAUGUUUUUCUUGACCGUCCUGGGGUUUGCUGAGUACAUACAGCAAGAUCCCCCUCAGCCCAAUGAAGCCAACGACCCCCUUGUGGCAAUGGUGAACCAAGCGUGGUACCACAACAACUAUCUCGCCUUAAAUAUUAUUCUUGAAGGGCUGGGAGAUACGUUGUACCCCGUCUAUGCCGGUGUGACGCUCGCCAAGGAGCUUUGGAAUAGCUUGAGCAAAAAGUAUCAAGCUGAAGAUGCCGGCACGAAGAAGUUCAUCGUCGGAAAGAUGUUGGACUACAAGAUGGUCGAUAGCAAAUCUGUUGUCGCCCAAGCUGAGGAGCUUACGGUUAUCUUCAAUAAAUGCAAUGAAGAAAAAGUAGGCGUCAGCGAGGCCUUUCAAGUGGCAGCCAUCAUCCACAAACUUCCCCGGUCAUGGGAAGAUUUCCAAGCCGACCUCAAGCUCAAAAGAACGGAGCUGAAUCUCGAGCAACUGCUCACGUGGUUGAGGAUCCGAGAGGAAGGGCUUGCUAGAAGAAAUGGAGGGGCUAAGGCGAAUGUUGUAGAACAUCCGUCGGGCUCUUCACAUGGCGCGAAGGACAAAAAGAAGAUGGGUCCUAAAGGUGGAGUUUCUAAAUUUGCAGGAAAGUGCUACAAUUGUGGCAUUACCGGGCAUCGUUCCUCCGAUUGUAGGAAAAAGAAGCCACAAAAGGGAAAGAAGAAAACCACUGAAGCCAUGUGUGCGGAGCUUGACAACCUGGACCUCUGUGCGGUUGUCACCGAGAGGGAGCUUGAACCACUCAGCCCCGGCGGCCAAACGGAGGCGGCGCGUGAAGAAGAAGAAAUGGGAGAGAUAAGCUACCGCGAUCUGAACAAGCGGAUGUGGAAGGACUCGAUGCGGAUGCAGAGGCUCGGGGAGGAGCGGGAGAGCGCCGCCGCAAUGGAUAAUGAAAAAAUCGGCGGCGGCGGCGGCGACGAGGGGGAGGAGGAUUCGCGGCGGUCGGAGUUGUCCCGGCGCAAGAAGGCGGCGAGGUCCCAAGACGCGGUGCUCAAGCACAUGGUCAAGAUUAUGAACGUCUGCAAAGGACAAGGGUUCGUUUACGGCAUCGUUCCAGAAAAGGGGAAAUCGGUGACAGGAUCGUCCGAUAGCCUGAGAGAAUGGUGGAAGGAGAAGGUCAACUUCGAGAAGAACGCUCUGGCGGCCAUAGUCGAAUUCUUCCCAAAACUCCUAGAAGAGACACAGGCAAUAACCAACUAUAAUAAUUUCAACAGUGACAACCCAGCAUGCAGCAUCUUCGGAGCUUCCCAUUGGAUAAGGGGUUGCCGCCGCCGUGGUGGCCCACGGGGACUGAGCUCUGGUGGGGGGGAUCAAGGGGUGGUGUCAUUGGAGCAGGGCCCGCCGCCGUACAAGAAGCCACACGAUUUGAAGAAAGCUUGGAAAGUCACCGUGUUGGCCGGGAUCAUCAAGCACAUGUCCCCCGAUUUGGACCGGAUGAGAGAUUUGGUCAAGCAUUCAAAGUCGCUACAGAACAAGAUGUCCUCCAAGGAAUCCGGGACGUGGUCUAAGGUUGUCAAUCGCGAAGAAGACAUCCUCAAACUCGUGACGCAAAAGACACAAAACAUUUCGCUCUGCGACAAGCAAGGCGAGGAAGAGAAAACAACCAAAUGUAAUCAACAUGUGGGUUCGAAGGAGAAGAGGAAAUGUGAGUUUGAACGUGAAGCGUCCAUGGAGAUUGCAUUGUACGAAUGCCCGAACUUGCGAUGUCCGAAAAGUUGUUUAGGGUUUGGAUUUCUUGACAAAAAUUCUCGAACCGAACACGAAAAGAUCUGUUCAUUUUGUGAUGGUAGAGGUGAGUACCCUGAAUGGAUAGAGGAAGAUAUGCAGAGGAGCUUGGAGGAGUAUGAUUCACACUUUGACAAUGGGGGAUUUGAGAGUUAUGGGGGACAAGGAUUAAGGUAUGAUCCAAUGAUGAUGUAUGUGGACGUGAAUAUGGACCAAGUUCCAGCGCAGGAUGAGCAAGUUUCGGGUGAGGAAGUUUUUAGUUCUCUUUCAACAUCUGUUUGGGAUUUAGCGUACGAUGAUGUUUAUCAAGGUGACUAAGCAACAAAUUAAACAAGCUAAUUAUAUUUACGGGCCGGUUCCCAUGACAUUGGGAGAUGCUCGGAUGCCUCAUUCGUAAAAUUGGCAGUUCCUACCUCUCCUAACCCUCCCGGUAAACCCCACUACCCCGCCCGAACCUAACACACCU